GAAAAUAUAUAAGUACUAGUAAUCUGUGAUAGAAACCACGUUGACUUGAGGUUAAAAUAAUAAUUUACAUAGGUACUCAAUCCUGCUGAUAAGGCGUUAUCUUGAAACAAAAAUUAAUACACGGUUGGUAUUUAUAUCUCUGUUGAUUACUUUGAAAGCAAUACUUACUCUCAACCAGUACAACCGACGUGACUGAAUUAAGUAAAUAUAUACUAGUAAUCUGUGAUUAAGUACCUACGUACCUACUACCUACCCACUUACUAACUUUUUUCAACCAAAGAAUGUCCUCUGAUAAAAAUAAUAUGAGAAAUAUUGUGGUUAUUGGAUCAUGUAGCGUUGAUUUUACAACUUACUCAUCAAGGCUACCUAAACCUGGCGAAACUCUUCAUGGUACUAAAUUUACUACCAGUUACGGAGGAAAAGGAGCAAACCAAUGUGUAGCUGCAGCAAAACUUGGAGGAAAAACAUUUAUGAUCUGUAGACUUGGAGAUGACCAAUGGGGACAGCAAUAUAAAGAUUAUUUAGGCAAAUCAGGAGUAGAUGUUACUUAUACAAGUAUAACAAAAGACACAAGUACCGGUAUAGCUCAAAUAUCAGUUGCAGAAAAUGGUGAAAACCAAAUUGUGAUAGUUGCUGGCGCAAAUGAUCAUCUAAGUAAAGAUGAUGUAGAUACGGCAAAGGAAGUUAUAAGGAAUGCAUAUGUUCUAGUAGCUCAACUAGAAACACCAUUAAGCACAACUCUGGAAGCAUUUAAACUUAGUAAUGGAAUAAAACUUUUGAAUGCAGCACCUGCUAGAACUGAUAUUGAGGAAAUUCUUCCUCUGUGCUCAAUACUUUGUGUGAAUGAAUCUGAGGCCUCUAUGUUGGCUGGUUUUGAUGUAGAUCUAUAUAAUGCCAAAGUAGCCUUGCAAAAGUUACUACAAUCAGGAUGUGAAACUGUCAUUAUUACUUUAGGACACCAAGGAGCCGUUUAUGGUAGCAAGCAUAAUGCUGAAUAUUAUCACGUGUUCUGUGAAAAAGUUACCGCUGUUGAUACAACUGGAGCCGGUGAUGCAUUUGUUGGGGCCCUAGCAACUUAUCUCACAAGUCACAAGGAUUAUGCAAUACAUCAAAUAAUCGGUGCUGCAUGCGAUAUUGCAACAAUGUCAGUUCUAAAAGAAGGAACACAGACCAGUUACCCAACAGACUAUAAGCCAUUUACGAAAGAGUAUCCUUACGAGUUGUUAUAAGUACUAAUUAAAAAAAUACCCCUCAGCCCUUUACUAGAAAAGAUAGAGAUCUCAGAUCGACAAGGCUCUAAAAGAACGUGGCGAAAAAGUAACUAACGCUGCCAUUAUACAAAAUAAUUGG